AUGUCCAAGCCCGAAGACCGAAUGAAAGACGAGGCCGUUCAGGCUCUCGACUCGCAAGAGGACCUCGACUGCCCUGGAUUCGAAUCGAGCCGCGUCUUUGCGCUCUCUGCCCAGCUGCUGGCCAACCCUCCUGCUGGCUUCCCUUCUCGCAAACGCCUCGUGCGAUCCCUCAAGAGCGUCUACCUUUUCAUCAUUCAGCCUUCUGCCGCCAUCGACCCGUCCAACCCUCGCACCAAGCCUGUCAGCGGCAAAGCGUCCACCUCGGGCGGCGCUCUUCGACCUGCUCUGUGGUACGCCGAUAUGAAGACCAAGGGUGUCAUUGGUCGAGGUCAGCCUUCGACCACUGUGCUCGGCCGAAAGCGCAGGGCCGAUGUUGUGAUCGAAUGCCGAGACCGCGACUUUGUCGAUCUGGCCACUGGAAAGGUGCAGGCUCAGCGUCUCUACAACGAAGGAAGGAUUAAGAUCAAAGGCGACCUGGAUCGCGCCCUUCGAGUUGCCACCUUGAUUUCCCACGAGCGCUCCAAGAUAUACGGCACUACCGCUCCCGCGCCUGACACCGAGACCAAGGUCGCAGCUGUCGAACACCAGCGUGAAGGCAACGACGCCCGCGACACUGACUAUGGCUCGGGUGCUCCUGCUCCUCUGCCGGACCGCGCAAGGCUUUAG